UACAAUAAUUAAAAGAUGGAUUCAAACCAUCAUUUCCUAAAAUCUUUUUUUCUUCCGUAUAGCUAUAAAAGAUGCAUCCAUUGCAAGAAAAAAAAAUUUUUCAAAUUAGUGUAUAGAUGCAACAAUUGCGAAGCAAUAGUUCAUAAAAAAUGUCACAAACACUCUCAACGGCAAAUAGAAAAAAUAAUAGCAACUGAAAUCGAGAAAAUUUUAACUACACAAGAACAAGAAACAGCCAUAAUUAACAUAUCACAGGCUAAUUGCGUUACCGACCUCAUUGGUAAUGAAUUUGAACUCGAAACUCAGAACGAUGAAAAAAAAUCUAAUUUACCAAUAUUAAGUCACGAGCAUCCUCAAGAAAAAACAGAAAUAGAUAUUCCAGUUAUAAAUCUUAAAAAAGAAACUGAAUCUUUUCAAAAUUCACUUUACUUUAAUAUAAAGGAAACAACAUCAACUAUAAAAAAAAUAGAUACGUCUUGUCUCUUACCGUUGACCAAUGACCGCCCGACUGUGCACAAUGUGAGUUCCCGACUGUCUAACAUGAACAUGACGGAUCAAAUGGCCGUCAACCAGAACCGGUCGCUGUUCGAAAAGUACGGUAUCCCUUUGGCCGAUAUCGACUUCGACUAUGUGAAGACUUGCAAUGACCCUAAAAUAUUGAAACGCAUCAUUAAAAUAUUGGAAUCUGGAGAAGAAGGACUUUAUCCAGCACUGUUAAGGGAAACCGAAAAUCGUUUACGCCAAAUUAAACCAGAUGCUUCAAUAUUGAAUAGAAAACUCUGUUUUGCCCAAAAGUCUUCUGAACUAUCUGUAAAUGAAAAUUAUGGUGAUGAACUAAAUGAUGUGGCUAAUUGGAUAAAAAAGUCAAAUCAACAAGAAAAAGAAUUAUCAUCUGUAAAGAAAAACUCAAAAAGCUUCAUGAAUGGUCACAGUGAACCACCAGUUCGAAAGUCUAUUGAUUUAACAUCAAUGUUUAAUAGUGAAAAGCCUGAACAGGAAUUUUCAACGCCUAAAACAACUAGUGUAAAACAUGAACCAUUGGAAGCCUCAUAUUCUAAAUGGGAUAAAUAUGAUCCUGAUGUAGAAAUAAUGAAGUUGGAUAAUAAAGAAAAGAUUGAUAAAUUACAAGCGCAUAAGAAAAAAAAUAUGAAUUCAAAUACUUUGUCAGUUGGAUUGAAUGAUUCAAAAAGUUUCAACGAUAGAGUUAAAUCUAUGAAGAAUUAUGUAGAUACAAUGUCUAAAUGUGGUACUUUUAAACCUCAAGACUUGGCUAUGCGAGAAAAAGAACUGGGAAAUGAAUGUUUUAAAUCAAAUGAUUACGAGGAGGCAAUUUGUCAUUACAAUACUAGUAUUAGCAUUCAUUCAACACCUGAAGCAAGAAACAAUCGUGCUAUGUCAUUUAUUAAAUUGAAAAAACAUGAAAAAGCAUUGGACGAUUUAAGAGAAGUAAUUGAAAGUGACUCAAAAAAUAUAAAAGCACAUUUUCGAAGAGGGUCGUGUUAUAAAGCUAUAUCCAUGUACUGCUUAGCAUUACGAUCAUUUGAAUCCACAUUAAAGUAUGAUUGUAACAAUGUAAAUGCCCUCAAUUCUGUAAAAGAAUUAAGAAAUACGAUAAAAAACAUUGAUCGAAAAAAAUUAAUCAAGGUUCGUGAAAUAACUAGGCAUUAUGAUGGAUCUGUCUGGGAUAUAGAAGAUAUAUUCUAUGUGUCUUAUAUGGAACUUUCAGAGUUGAUUAAAGACAAAAUUGAGCAUGUGUAUGAAGCUAAUUCUAUUGGUUGUAUAGAAUAUUGUGUUUGUGAUUUGUGUCCUUGGCACGAGUGGCUCCAGCGUCAUAAAAAAUGGGGUCGUCACAAAAUGUUUAAAAAUGAAGUCCCAAAGAAACGUUGGCAAUUUUUGACACCUGAUAUCGUGCCUAAAUUAUUGUCUACGUCUUUAACUCUAGAAACUCAAAAACCGAAAAGAUUAAAUGUUACUGAAAUCAAUUCAGCUAAAAUAAAUGGUCAUCAUAAUUCAACGAAAAUUUCCAAUAAAGAAAUUAAUUCAACUAAAAUGAAUGGCCAUUAUAAUUCAACGAAUAUGAAUGGUCAUGUAAUCAAUGGAAUUGAUAAAUCUCCUUGUAAAAAUUGUGACGACAAAAUAAAUAUGAAACCCGUGUCUAAUGUUCAACAAUUUUUACAAAUCUGGAAAAUAGCCAGUCAAAAAAAUAACUAUGAAUUAUAUCAUAAACUUUUGCGGAGUAUUAAACCAAAUGAUUUACCUAGGGUUAUAGGAUCGAAUUUGGAUGAGGAAAUCAUGUCCAAGUUUUUGGAAACCCUGAACCAGAAAUUUGAUCGCAAUUGUGAAUUAGAUCUUAUUGUAGAAUACUUAACAGCCAUGACCAAAGUUAAUCGGUUUAAUCUUAUUGUAAAGAUGUUAGACAACAAAGUUAAAGAAGAUGUCCAACCAUUAAUAGAUUGUGUUCAUCGCUAUAAAAAUAAUAAUUUGUUCUCAUCAUUAUUAUGAUUAUAACUUGUAUGAUGUAUUACUCUAGUUGGGUGAAUAUUGUCAAGAAAAUGUUCCACUUUUUAAUUAUACAAAGUAUAUUUCAUUACGAUUUUGUUGUCCAAGAAUUUAAAAAAAAAAAAAAUGUUUAAUAAAAUAAUAAUAAAAAAAAAAAUGUAAUUUCAAAUGAAACAAAACUAUACAAGUCUGAUUAAUAUACCUAUCAAAUCAUUUAAAAAAAUUUAAAUGAAAUAAAAUAUAGUUUAUAGUAUACCUGUUUAAUGUUAUUAACAAAUGUGUGAAAUUUUAUGUUAAAAUAAUAAUUAAAUACUUUUAUUGCUGUACCGGUUAAUUAAUAAUAUGUAUUUGGACUUAUUGGUAAUAUGUAAAUGUUCUAUAAUGUAUAGUAUUUUAUUCUUUUCAGUACUUGCCUCUGUUGAGUACUGACUAAGAUUAAUAUUUACAGUUCAAAUUAUAAGUCAAACAAAUAUUAUAUUUACUCUUAAUGUCUAAAAAUUUAAUUAAUUUGAAACUAUAAUCAGCAGUAAAUCUGCAUUUAUUGUGGCCUUUUAAUACAUAUUAUUUAUAGACUCAUAGUAUUCUACACUUUUACAAUUAUCAGUGUUCUGGUGUUAAAACUACCAAUUAAUUUAAUUUAAUUUUGAAGUACAUAAUUUUGCAUUUUAUAUUUUCUGCACCAUGAAAGCUUUUGUUUUAGAAAUUUGAUUCAUUUUUAUCGAGUAUUAUUUUAAUUGAAGUAAUUACUGUAUUCACAAUUUUAAUUUACUAUAAGCCAAAUCCUUAGUAAUAAAUAAAUACAUUUUGAACCGUUA